UUUAAAAGCUACAUUCAUUCCUACCAAAAAUCCAUUAUUCAAUUCACCUCAACAUCUACAUAUCUUCAUGGCAGAUCUUAUCUUACCGGAACAAGACGGGGUCUCGAGGUCAAUCUCAGAUACACCACCUAAUCACUAUACGAUGAAAAUUCAAAAUUUUUCUCAACUCGCAAAGAAUAAAAUCGAGCCGUACCAUUCAAAUGAUUUUGAGGCUGGAGGCUAUAAAUGGAAGUUGUUGGUUUACCCUAAUGGAAACAAAGACAAAGGUAUUACGGAUCACAUUUCUUUGUACUUGGCGAUAACACAAGUAGAAUCAUUACUUCCUGGUUGGGAGAUCCGUGCAACUUUUCGAUUAUUUUUGCUUGAUCAAAACGAAGACAAUUAUUUCAUACUCGAAGACAUCGCGGGGAAACGGUUUCGUAGAAUGAAGCUUGAGUGGGGUUUCAAUAAAUUUGUACCUCUCACCAUCUUCAAUGAUCCCGAAAAGGGAUAUUUGGUGAAUGACACUUGCAUGUUCGGAGCCGAUAUUUAUAUUACUCGAGAAAGACACACCGGAAAAGGAGAGAAUUUAUCAAUGAUAAAGGAUGCCAUUAGCUACAAACACACUUGGAAUAUCAACAAUUUCUCUACUCUAACCAACGAAUGUCUAGACUCUGAACCCUUCAGUGCUGGCAAUCAAACAUGGAAGAUGCAGAUAUAUCCAAAAGGGAAAGGCAGUGAAUCAAGUAACUUCAUAUCCUUAUAUCUGGCAUUGGCUGAGCCGGAAAAACUUUCUCCUUCUACUAAAAUAUACGCAGAAUUCACCUUACGUAUAUUAGACCGUUAUUAUGGAUGCUACGAUUUACAUGCCACAGUUAAUCACUGGUUCACUGCAAUAAAUUGUGUGCGAGGUUGGCCGAAAUUUGUGUCUGUGGGAUACUUCAACGGUCAAUCGGCUCGCUUCUUGGUGAAGAACACCUGCUCCGUCGAAGCAGAGGUCACUGUCCAUGGCAUAACUAAUGCACUUUGAGAAAUACUAUAUAUGAACACAAAAUGUUAUCGUAGUAAUAUAACAAUGUCGAAAAAGCCUUUGUUUGUGAAUAUUUUAUUGUAAUUGUUCAAUAUCGUGAAUAGCUAAUAUAAUGGACUUUAGAGUUCGAAUUAUCUUUUCUACA